AUGAGUUCAUCAGAAGGAUCUGAAAUAUUCAUAGAUCCUGAAUCAGAUUACUCAGAUAGACCGAAUAAAAGACGAAACCGUGCUACUAGGAAAGAUAAAAAAUCAGAUUCGAAAUCGAUUGAUUUUCUUAAUGAGAAAAAGAAACGGCAAAGGAAGCCAAAAUCACAGUCAUUAGAAGAUAAAAACAAUUCUAAAUCAUCUGAUAAUAAGAAAAACGGAAGAAAAUCAAAAGAAGAUUCAAAUAAGAAAAAUAACGCCGGCCAAGAUCAGCAGCCUAAAAAACGUGGACGGAAACCAAAACAGCCCAAGCUAAAUGAUGCAGAUCUUGACAUAGAAUAUUACGAUUACGUUCCUAGUGAUGAUUUUGAAUAUGAUUACGAAUACGAAUACUCGGCUGCGGAUGAAAAGCAGGUUGAAAAGAACAACAAAGCUGCAAAGAAUAAUAUAGAAUCAGAAGAUCAAACCGUUGAUGAAGAGGAAGAAGAAAUCGUAUAUGAAAUUGACAGAAUCGUCGGAUUUUACUCAGGAUAUCAAAACCCACAGCAUGUAAGAGCGAAAAUGCAUCAUAAGCCGUACUAUAUUCACUACAAAGAAGAAUCUUACCAUUCAUGUGUUUGGAUGGACGAGAAAGAGAUUCUUCAAGUCGAAAAUGGAAAAGCAGCCUUACAAGCCUUCAAAGAACUUCAAAACAAAUCGCGUCCUAUUCCAUCUCUUUGCCAUCCAGAUUUAUUAAUUUUUGAUCAAGAUUUAGACUCAGCUUGGUACAAUAUCGAACGUAUUAUCAACGAUGCACCAAAAGACGAUGGCAAUGACGAGUAUCUCGCUAAAUGGCGUGGUCUUACUUACAAUGAUGCUUCAUGGGGCAUCAAAUCAGUUCUUUGCAACAAUAGAGCUCUCGACAAAUACGAUAACCGCCUUAAAAACAGCAAUAAAAAGACAUUACCAUCGAGAUUUAUCCAUCCUACAAUGGAAUCUUUCGUAAAACUCGAAUCUAAGAAAGGUUUAGACGGAACAAUAUUUACAGACGAACAACUCGAAGUCGCAAAUUUCAUUUCAGAGAAAUAUUUCAAUAAUAAGAACGUUUUCAUCCAAACCAUCGACACAAUUACAUCAACGGCCGCUGUAGCAGCAGGUGUUGAGAGUAUUCUCACCGCUUCGAACCAGCGUGGCCCAAUAGUCAUCGUUUGCCAAGAUUCCGAUUCUUAUAUUUGGUUAGACGCAUUUACGAACUUUACAAACGUCGAUUGUACAGUCUACAACAGCGAUAAAGACAGUCGCGACCUUAUAGACGAAACAGAAUUUUCAACAUGCGAUUCAAAUGGCCGCGAAAUUCCAAAUUCCGUACAAUUUGACGCGAUGGUCGUUCGAAUGGCCGAUAUCAAGAAGUUUUCCAACCAAAUUGGAGAUGUCGAUUUCAGAUAUAUGGUCUGUGAUUUCCCAAUUGGCGCCAAAUACACUCCAACUUCACUGCAAAGGGUUGUCAACACCAUAAAGUGCGUGAACUACACAUUGGUAUGCGCACAUCCAUACGACAACUCCAUUUCCAAGUACAUUUCGGAUGAAGAUGACAUUUUUGUGGUGAAAAGUGAACCAAAACCGCUGGUCACACAUGCAUUGAACUAUUCUGUUCCCAUUUCCCAGCAACAGCACCAGACAAUACAAGAAUUGAUCGAGCAAUCAAUGCGAGAUUUUUCGACUAUUAUUCCUCAAUUUGGAAUUGCAUCAGACACACAGAGAAAUGUCAUGAAAACAAUCACAAACAUAAGAAGAGCACUCAUUCAUCCAUUCCUCGUUGAAAUGCAGCGCCAAAAGAGUGUAGAUGAACCAAGAGCAAUUGUAAACAUGUCAGGAAAAUUCACUUUUGUCAAAAAAGUAAUUGACGAUAAUCCUGACAAGAGAAUAUUAGUUUUCUCGCAAAUGCCAGGUGCUGUUGAACUCCUCGAAGAAGGCUUGAACGCUUUGGGAAUCAAUAAUUGCAAGGCUGUCACUGCUUUGAUGAAAGAAGAUGUUUUCUAUGAAAAAAUGGCCAGCCAAAUAAUCCUUUUCAAUUCCAAAGGCGGAUCAAGAAAAAUCGAUGUCUCACUUUUCGAUAUAAUCAUCAUAAUCGAUAAUGAUACUUAUCGGUUUAACGUUGACGAUAAAAUAAAGGUCUAUCGUUGUAUCGUCGCACAAACAUUUGAUGAAUACCUUUCUAGACCUGAAUUCGCAAAUCUAUCGUUCUACGACGAUAGCAUCUUCCUUGGUCGGAUCGCUCCCGAACCAAUUGAUGCAGCACUUGCCGAGAAACUACUUCGAAUGUCUGUUUUCGCUCUUUUGUCAUCGAAUCAGCAGACAUUCACUGAAUUUUUGAAAACAAAUUUGAGUGAUUUUGAUGUUUAUGAGAUGAAAAGUGUCAUUUCAACAGAAAUCAUGGAUCCACAGAACUUCUGGCAGUCAUUGCAAAUGACUAUAUCUCAUGAAUCACUCGACAGAACUACAGAAGUUAUCAAAGAAUCAGUCAAUAAACUUCUCAAAAAAGGAUGUGAUUUUUCUGACAUUUUGGAGUGUCAAAUUGCCAGAUAUUGUUUUGACGGUGUUUCUAAAACACAUACACAUGGUGGAGGUGCUGCAAGAGAGUUUAUAAAGAAAUGCACUGUCAACAGAUUCUCAGAAGAAACUGUCAAAAGAGUUCUGAAAGAAUUUGAACCAGAAAAAAUUUGUAACUCAAUUAUUUUGAUGGAAAAAGUUAGAAUGGCAUUGUUUAAGCUGUCCGAAGAUAGUAAUUUGUAUAAGUUCGAUGAUAAUGGAGCAAACUACAAUUUGUUAAUUGAUAUAUUCAAGAAAGGAUGCGAUGAUUACAGAGAAAAAGUUAAAGAAAUUGUUGAACUUUGCAGAGAAAUUUAUCCGAAAAAGAAAGCGAUCUUUGUUCCAAAGGAUUUCAUGCCACUUCCUUUCGAAGAAAUGAAAGCUCAGGAACCAAAGAAGAAAUCAAACAAAGGAAAGAAAGUUUCAAGUUACGUUCCAGAAGUAAAAACAACUGUUUCCAAGAAAGAAAAAUCUUCAAAGAAAUCAAAGGAUAAACCAAAGAAAGAAGAAAAACAAACAAAGAUUUCUAAAGAAGAGAAACAAAAGAAAGAAAACAAACCUGAUUCUAAACAAGAAAAAGAAAGUGAAAAAGAAGAAAAAGAAAUUAAAGAAGAAAAGAAAGUUGAAGAAGAAAAAGUCGAAGAAGAGAAAGAAAUAAAGAACGAAGAAGUUCAAGAAGAAAAGAAAGUUGAAGAAGAAAAACAAAGUGAAAAGGAAGAAAAGGAAACAGAGAAACAAGAAAAAGAAGAACCAGAAAAACAAGAAGUUGAGGAAGAAAAAGAAACAGAAAAGGAGCAAGUAAAGGAAGAAGAAACUCACGAAGAAAUUGCAGAAGAAAAAGAAGCUGAAUCAGUUCCAAUUCCAAGUGAUCACGAAGAAGAAAAACAGAAAGAAGAAAUCAAAGAAGAAGUUAAAGAAGAAGAAACUGAAAAAGUUGAAGAAAAGAAAGAAGAAACAGAAGAAGAAAAUCUUGUAGAAAAACAAGAAGAGCAAAAGGAAGAAAAGAAAGAAGAAAAACAAAAGGAAGAAAAGAUUGAAGAAGAGAAGAAAGAAGAACAAAAACAAGAAGAUGAAGUAGAAGAAGAAAAUCUUGUUGAAAAGAAGGAAGAAGAGAAAGAGGAAGAAAAUUUAGUUGAGAAAAAGAAUGAAAAUGAAACUAAAAUUGAUGAAAGUGUUAGAAGUGAAGAAACAAAGGAAAGUUCUGCAAGUAGUGAUGAUGAUGUAAUAAAUGUUGAUGAACUUGAAAAAGGAGAUGGAAACAAUACAUCACCACCAACAACAAGUGAAGAAGACAACGAAGAAAAACAAAGUGAAACAGAAAAAGAAGUUUCUCAAGAAGAAAAAGAAAAAGAAAUUACAGAAUCAGAAAAAGAAGCCAAAUCCGAAAAAGAAACAACAGAAGAUGAAAAACAAGAAUCAGCAAAAGAAUCAGCCAAAGAAGAACAUGAAGAAGAGUUUGACGAAGAAGAAUUCGAAGACGAAGAUGACGAAAUCGAUGAAUAUCCAGAAACAAAAGAGAUAAUUCCAAGAAUCAUCAGUUGUUUGAUAGAGAAAGGACUUCCAACAGAUAAAUCAGGUGAAAUCGAUUGGGAGAAGUUCAAAUCUUUCUGCAACAUCAAAGACAUAAAACAAGAAACUCUUCAAGAGAAAACUUUGGCUUUAAUCAAAAAUUGUUACAACGCUGUUACAUCAGAAAAUGCAGAAAUCACUGAUUGCGACAAAGAAACAGCCAAAUUAGUUGUAACAGCAAAUUUAGUUUUCGGAGAAAUUCAACAUUUCGAUCAGACAAGAAUUGUUUCUCCUCCUAAAGAAGCUCCUGAGUUUUGGACUGCUAAACAUUCAUUGAAUUAUUUAAGAGGAAUUGCAAAAUACGGAUCUACUGCAAUCUUCUCUAUUUUAACAUCUCCUGCUUUCGGAUUCCAAUCACAACUUCUUCAGGAAGAAUACAAACCAUUCAAAGAUGCAGCGAAACUCGAGAAAAAGAGGAAACCAAUUAAAAAUGUUGAUUUCGGAAGAUUCGAGUUCUUAAGUACUCCUUUGAAGCGUUUAGAAGUCGCGCAACAGAUCAUUUUGACUUCUAAAACAGAUAGCGAAGUAACAUUGAACAAUGAUUUCAUUCUUAUUUCAAUUGGACAACCAGCAAGUGGACAUAAUUUUGUUGCAAGACAUCUUUUCUACAACCCAGGAUAUCUUGCAAAGAGAUUGUAUGACGGAACAUGGUACACGUGCGGAAUUGAGAGAAUGGGUGAUGCUCCAAUCUUCACAGUUACAUGCGAUGGACAGACUUACUAUGGAACACAGCCUGCACAAGUUUGUCAGCAGGUUAUUAAAGGUGUGAAACAAUCUGGAAUUUUCAUUUUCGGAUUGGUUAAACGAGAAGUUUCCAAAUUGUUAAUGCAACAAAAAGCACAAGAUGUUGCAUAA